AAAUAACCUUAUAAAUUGACAUGUACAUCGUUCACCUAGUUAGUUCAGCUACUGGAACCAACACAAUUGGACAUCCAUACGCAUAUCUACCGGCAAUUUUUUUCAUUUCAUCAAUCGACGAAAAACGAAAUGAAUACAACCACGAUUUUAGUUUUGGCGGUGUUUGUCUUCUCCCAAUGGUCUACCGCUGCCGUAGUGCCUACAUAUCCAACGGAAAAACCUAAGACCCCUGUGAUUGCGCAACUGUUGAGAAAUGAUUAUAUCUACGACAAUUACGGACAGUUCAGUCUCAACUAUCAGGUGGAUGAUGGGACAUCGCAGACCAGAGAAGGAACGUUGGUAUUGAACGACGAAGGAGACGAUUACGUUUUGAUUCAAAAGGGCUCAUACUCAUACAUUUCUCCCGAAGGUAUCAACAUUACGGUGACGUAUACAGCCGACAAGGAUGGUUUCAAGAUUGUUGAAUCGACUAACGAUGUACCCGCCAGAGUGUAACCAAAACAUUCAAACAUAGUCCAUAGUAAAAUAAUAUAUCAUUAUAAUAUAAUAUUGUAUCAGGUUUAAUGUCUACGCGCAAAUUUUAUAUUGAUCAUAUCAUUAUUUUAAACUGAUUAUAUAGUUUUGUAGUUGUAGUAUUAUA